CAUGUACACCAUUUAAUUACAGAAGUUUGUUUCUAUCUCCGUUAUCGUAAUUAACAGUUUACUUCUUUUCCUUUGAAGGACAGCCAUCGAGUCCCGUCCUCUGUAACGAUGUUACCAUCUCUUGUCAUCGAUGGAGUAUUUACAGUUCGCUCAAAGAUCCGAAGCUUGGAAUAUCCACCAUUAGUUGCAAAGUUUCCAUGCCUAUCGAUUGAAGGCCUAAAGCAUGAUGGGAUCGAAGCCUUCGAUGAGGGCCUUCUGUGCUUGGAGCAUUGGUGGUGGAUUGCGUAUGACGAGUCAUGGCUAUCACGAGCUUCUUGGUAAACUGAAGGAAGGAAGUCUUGGCUGCACAUGGUAUGCAAAUGGAGAGUUUGAUCAAGGGUAGGAACGCUGUUGAGGUAGGGGGGAGUGAGACGAGGAUGAGUGUGUGAGGGUUG